GGCUGCACUAGCAAGCCCAGUUGGUCGACGCCUAUCCUCAUUGCAGCUCGUUUCCUCCUAUCUCUCUCCGUUUGUAAUAUAGACGUCGUCCUCGCCGCUCCCGGCAACAUUGACGACGAAACGAUCGUCACACUUUUCAUACCCGAUCCCAUUCUUACAUCGUUCCGACAAAUUAGUCCAAGCUGGCGCCUACACUCCUGUCUGUCUUCACUUCCAGACUUGCUAGGUCCCGGGCGCACUGUCCCCAGCCAGGCUCGCCAUCGACUUCACCUCAGGCCCUCCCAAUGGGCCAAACGCAAUCCAAGAGCCGUCGCAAGGGUGGAAAGGACAAGGACAACGGCACCGCAGAACCUGCCACGCUCUCUGACGUCGUAAAUGGCGACGAUAGUCCACGGCAAAGCCACUCUUCUCGACCUACCACCGCAGACGCAGCCAGCGAUUCCCAAACAUGUAUUUCUACGGACGGAAAGCCAGACAUCAACGUCUCGAGACCCGAUGGCUCCGUGUUGCAGAACGGACACAGCCCACGACCUACCGGUCAUGAUACCCUUUCACCUCCCCACCCGAACUCGUCCACGAAAGAUGCUCAUCUCCCAUCACCGGCUACAUCCACUUCGCCCUCCACCUCACCAUCCUUGUCCGCCAAGCCGCCUCCGCUGGACAUUCCCAUGACUCAGACCAUUCUUGCAAACUCGUCACCGUAUCCAACCCCAGGAUCCACCAAUAGUUUUAGCGUGGAUCCUCUGUCAGUGUCGAAUGGAGCACGGACCGGGGAUCGAAUGAAGCAACUCGAUAUCGACGACAUGAUCCAACGGUUGCUAGACGUUGGUUACACCGGCAAAGUCAGCAAGUCACUGUGUCUCAAGAAUGCGGAGAUUGUCGCAAUAUGUCAAACAGCACGCGAGGUGUUUUUGAGCCAGCCCACACUCAUUGAGCUGUCCCCGCCUGUCAAGAUUGUGGGAGAUGUCCAUGGCCAAUACUCGGACCUCAUACGGCUGUUCGAGAUGUGUGGCUUUCCUCCUGCGGCCAAUUAUCUGUUCCUUGGCGACUACGUCGACCGAGGAAAGCAGAGUUUGGAGACGAUAUUGCUCCUCCUAUGUUAUAAGAUCAAGUAUCCAGAGAACUUCUUCCUGUUGCGCGGCAACCAUGAAUGUGCCAACGUCACGCGAGUUUACGGUUUUUACGACGAAUGUAAGAGACGGUGUAACAUCAAGACGUGGAAGACAUUCGUUGACGUGUUCAACUGCCUCCCUAUUGCUGCCAUCGUUGCGUCGAAGAUAUUCUGCGUACAUGGGGGUCUUUCACCGUCAUUACAUUCUAUGGAUGAUAUCAAACGCAUUCAGCGGCCGACGGAUGUUCCCGAUUAUGGUUUGUUGAACGACCUGUUAUGGUCAGAUCCAUCGGAUACCGCUGUCGACUGGGAGGAUAAUGAAAGAGGGGUCAGCUAUUGCUUUGGAAAAUCAAUAAUCAACGAUUUUCUGGUGCGCUACGACAUGGACCUCAUUUGCCGUGCGCAUAUGGUAGUGGAGGACGGAUACGAAUUCUGGAAUGAGCGGACGCUCGUCACCGUGUUCAGCGCGCCAAACUACUGCGGCGAAUUUGAUAACUAUGGUGCAUGCAUGAGUGUUUCUGAGGAGUUAUUGUGCGCAUUUGAGCUGCUCAAGCCAUUGGACGGUCCAGCCUUACGGAAAGAGAUGACGAAGGCGAAGCGGAAGACCUUAAUGGCUACUACGACUUGACCUAGUCAAGAGAUAUCCUGGAAUGGUGGGUAUACGAUUAUAAUUGGUGGAUUUGCUUUGGCUACAGCACAAGUCGGCCAGCAGACGUGCGGUUGCGCCAAGAUCCGCAGCUAGAGGAGGACGUCAGGAGGCCGUCACUUGUGCUUACUUGCCACUCUUGCUUCUGCUUUGCUGCCUUGGUGGACGAGGCAGUUGCGCGCCCCUGCCUGUCAUGUUACGCUAACUUAACUUAAUCCUGUCCUCUAUCAUCAUCCCGUUCAAGCCGCGGCUCUCAGUAAUCACUGGGAUCCCGGACUUCUGUCGUGUACGAUAUUCGCGCAUAUAUCGAGGUCCACGUGGGCUUGAUCACUUGCAUUGUUUGUUCUCGUACUAUCUCGCUGCUGGUUCAACUUCCUCAUCUGCAUUCCGGUCCAUUAGCUGUCCAAUUUUGUGCUGUAGCUACAUUUGUCGAAAUACGUAUUCAUUGUCGCCGGGG